AUGAACAUGCCUCUGCUCAACCAAGACGACGUGGAUGCAUUGAGACAAAAGGUUGAUGCCUUUACUCAAGGACCAAAUGGCAUCCCGGGUCUAGUUUGUGUUGUUGUUGACUCCAAGGGUGAACAUAUCUUCGAUCAUGUGUCUGGCACCAGAGGAAGCGGUAUAUCAAAGCCAAUGACCUUUGAUACGACUUUCUGGAUGGCAUCUUGCACUAAAUUGGUCACUACCAUCGCUGCCUUACAGCUUGUUGAACAGGGCAAUGUGGCUCUGGAUAGUGAAGAGGACAUUCAGCGAAUCCUUCCUGAAUUGUCGGAUGUUAUGGUCCUGUCAGAAGAUGAGAGCGGGGAUCUCAAACUGGUCCCUAGGGAACGAAACAUUACUUUGAGGAUGCUACUCACACACACUGCCGGAUUUGGCUACAGCUUUUCCAACCCAAAAAUAAAGAAGUGGUACGAUCCAGCUGGUAUCGAUGAAUUCGAUGAUCAAGAGCUAGACGUCUACAGCCAACCUCUAGUGAAUCAGCCGGGUACUAUAUGGGAAUACGGCGUCAACACAGAUUGGGUGGGUCGCCUCAUUGAGCGAGUCUCCAAUGUUUCGCUUGGUACCUAUUUCCAAUCAAAUAUUCUCGGACCUCUUCAGGUAUCUCGAACAACAUUCCUGCCGACUCCGGAAAUGAAAGAUGGUCUGGCGUACAUGCACACCAGAGGCGUUGAAAGUGGUACUAUUAAAAUAUCUGACGAGGGGCAUCCCAUGAGAAGGCCACUGAGACAAUUAGCUGGAGGGACAAAAACCGCCUUCGGUCAGUCUGGAGGAGCAGGUUUGUUCAGCAAUCCUGCUCAGUACAGCAAGAUAAUUGCGAUGCUUCUAAACAAGGGCAAAGACGCUCAAUCUUCGUGCCGGAUCCUUCAAGAAAAAACAGUAGAGGAAAUGUUCUCGAAUCAAAUUCCACAGUUCCCAGACUACGCAAGGUAUCAAGACUCCCCAUGGAACCCUCCACAAGGCUGGGGACUAGGGUCAUUUCUACUACUUGAACCGGGAUCUACGGGUCGUGCCGCGGGUUCGGGUUGGUGGAGUGGCCUAUCCAACUUGAUCUGGUGGGCGGAUCCUACAAAUGGAAUCGGUGGAAUACUGGCAACCCAGAUAUUGCCUUAUGGGGGUGUAGAUACCGAUGUCUUUGAUUGCCAGAGGUUGAUUGAAGGCGAGACUUAUCGCAGCGUAUUCAAGAAAAGGAGUAGACAGAACUAA